GGGCCGCUCCUUGUAUGGUCUGCGCGCCGCGCUCUCCCCGCCCUCUCCCUCCCUCCGUCUUCCCUGCGUCCCUCCCCGCCCGGCAGGACCGGGACGCAGAGUCCGCGGACUCGGCUGCGAGGCGGCCCCUGGCAGACGCGGCGCGCACGCUCCGGCCCGCGCCCGGCCUGGCCAUGGCGGCCCCCCGCCCGCCUCGCGCGAUCUCCGUCUCGGCUCCGGUGUUUUACGCCCCGCAGAAGAAGUUCGCCCCGGUGGUGGCCCCGAAGCCCAAAGUGAAUCCUUUUCGGCCCGGCGACAGCGAGCCGCCUCCGGCCGCUGGGGCCCAGCGCGGACAGAUGGGCCGGGUGGGCGAGAUCCCCCCGCCGCCCCCAGAAGACUUUCCCUUACCGCCUCCUCCGGUGGUCGGGGAGGCAGACGACGCCGAGGGCGCCCUGGGAGGUGCCUUCCCACCUCCGCCGCCCCCGAUCGACGAACCGUUUCCCCCCGCGCCUUUGGAGGAGGAGAUCUUCCCUUCCCCACCGCCCCCGCUAGUGGAGGAGGGAGGUCCCGAGGCCCCCACCCAGUUCCCAUCGCAGCCCAGGGAGAAGGUGAGCAGUAUUGAUCUGGAGAUCGACUCCCUGUCUUCGCUGCUGGAUGACAUGACCAAGAACGAUCCCUUCAAAGCCCGGGUGUCAUCUGGAUAUGUACCCCCGCCGGUCACCACUCCAUUCAUUUCCAAGUCCAAUACUAAGCCUUCAGCUGGGGGCACAGCACCCCUGCCUCCCUGGAAGUCCCCUUCUAGCUCCCAGCCUGUGUCCCAGGCUCAACCUCAGAGCCAGACACAGUUCCAUGUCCAGUCCCAGCCCCAGGCCAAACCCCAGGCCCCUCCCCAGCCUGUGCCUUUGGCCACCACCCAGCCUCGGGGGCCCCUAGCCCCAUCUCCAGCCCCUAAGUUUUCCCCGGUGACUCCCAAGUUUACCCCUGUGGCUUCCAAGUUCAGCCCUGGAGCCCCAGGUGGACCCGGGUCCCAGCCCCAUCAGAAGCUGGGGCCCCCUGAAGCUCCCUCUUCCACUGGCACCGGCUCCCCUCAGCCCCCAAGCUUUACCUAUGCUCAGCAGAAGGAGAAGCCCCAAGUGCAGGAGAAGCAGCACCCAGUGCCCCCACCGACUCAAAACCAAAACCAGGUGCGCCCCGCUGGGGCCCCAGGGCCUCUGACACUGAAAGAGGUGGAGGAGCUGGAGCAGCUGACGCAGAAGCUGAUGCAGGACAUGGAGCAUCCUCAGAAGCAGAGUGUGCCCGUCAACGAGUCCUGUGGCCGGUGUCAUCAGCCCCUGGCACGUUCGCAGCCCGCGGUUCGCGCUCUGGGGCAGCUCUUCCAUAUCACCUGCUUCACCUGCCGCCAGUGUGAACAGCAGCUCCAAGGCCAGCAGUUCUACAGCCUGGAAGGGGCUCCGUACUGCGAGGGCUGCUACACUGAUACCUUGGAGAAGUGCAGCACCUGUGGGCAGCCGAUCACUGACCGCAUGCUGAGGGCCACAGGCAAGGCCUAUCACCCGCAGUGCUUCACCUGUGUGGUCUGCGCCUGCCCCCUGGAGGGCACCUCCUUCAUUGUGGACCAGGCCAACCGGCCCCACUGUGUCCCCGACUACCACAAGCAAUACGCCCCCAGAUGCUCUGUGUGCGCGGAGCCCAUCAUGCCGGAGCCUGGGCGCGAGGAGACCGUGCGCGUGGUUGCUCUGGACAAGAACUUCCACAUGAAGUGCUACAAGUGCGAGGACUGUGGGAAGCCCCUCUCCAUUGAGGCGGAUGACAACGGCUGCUUCCCUUUGGAUGGCCACGUGCUCUGCCGGAAAUGCCACACCGCCAGAGCCUAGACUGAGUGAGGACUGGCCCCCUUCUCGGACCGCAAGCCCAUUCCCCCAUCAGCGGACCGCUCACGUUGAGACCACAUGCCCUUCACCCUCCCCACAGUUAUUUUUUGACGUCCAGCCCCUCCCUCCAUAUCAAACCUCACCCCAGUCUCCCUCAUUCCCCUACGUGGCCUCGGGGCUGCAGAGUCCCAGCCCUGGGGUCCAGUCCCCCCAAUCCUGCAGGGACCACCCACCAUCGUCCAGGUAACCCCGCCUGAGGGGCACCGGGCUGAGCACUGCUGCUUGCACUGCUGCACCGAGGCCCUCAGCCUGCCCUGAGCAGCCCCGUCCUCUGCUUGCUAAGGGCCAGGUGAUGCCCACAUCCAACCUUCUGGAAGGCUGGGCUGGGCUCGCCAGCCUGGACGUUCCCCACACCCCCCAGCCCCAGCCCCUGUGCUGCCACGUUGUGGCUACAGCUACAAAUAGACAGUGUUUUCCAGAA